UCCGGUCUGCUGUAAACAGCAGCAGCAGAAGAAGUUCUCCUCAGUAGGAAGUUAUCCGGCUAACGAGCCGCCCGAAGUCAAACAGGACCCAAGAAAGACCAACACCGGGAAUAAAAGGAGCAUGGAGACGAAUAAACCAGUUGAGACGACAGCCACAAAUGCUUCUGCAUCAGAAGAAGAGGCCAAAAAGGCAGCAGCUGCAGCCAAACUAGCCAAUCGUCUCCCUGAAAUCCGUCUGGUGGUGGUGGGCUGGAGGUGGCCAGGGAAGAGCUUAACAGGCAACACCAUCAUAGGCAAAGAGGAGUUUCGCUUGGAACGAGCGGCUGAGUUCUGCGUUACGAGGCAGACGGAGGUGGAUGGACGGCAGGUGACUGUGGUGGACACUCCAGGCUGGUUUUCUGCCCAGGAUACCCCCCCGUCCUACAAAGAAGAGUUAGUCAGGGGAGCCUCUCUUUGUCCUCCAGGUCCACAUGCCUUUCUGCUGGUCAUCCCUGUUGGCAUGUUCACAGAGGUGGACCGUGCUCGCAUCGAGGAGCAUGUGAGCCUCUUCGGUGAGCAUGUGUGGAGGCAUACGAUCGUGGUGUUCACCUGGGCGGAGAUACUGCGGAGCAUUUCCAUCGAGAGAUACAUUCGGAGGGAGGGCAAAGACCUGCAGUGGGUACUGGAGAAAUGCAAGCGCAGGUACUUUGUUAUUAACAACUGCGUGUUCGGGGAGCAUCCCCAGGUCGGACGCUUAAUGGAGAAGGUGGAGAAGGUGGUGGCAGAGGAGGGGGGUCACUACAAUCCAGCGGAGGUGGAGAAGGAGAAGAAACCUCUGGAUGUGAACCAGAAUCCAACCAGGGAUGUGAAUGAGCUGGGGGCCCGACCCAAACAGAACUCUGGACUGGGCCUGUCGAAAGCCAUGGAGGUGGAGCCACUUCCAAAUUAACGUGGCAUGUUUGGCUGAUGGGCCCAAGACUAGCAGAGCCUCCUCCUUCCUGUUCUGAUGACAAAACUGCUUAUAAGACAAGACAGAAAAGGGUAAAUUACUGAAAUGUUUUUGAAUGUACAAACCAGUUUGAUUGACUAUUUAUUUUUAGAAUCAAUAUGUUACUGUGUGUUUUAGUUGUGUGCGUUUUUGACAACGCAUACAUCCUCACUGUUAUAUGAGAGGCCUUUUUAAAACAAUCCCCCGGUUUUCAUGCUGUCUGAACAUUUAUUCGCCCAUUUUAACCUUUAAUGAUAUUUGGAAAAUGUUUGUGAAAGUGUUUUUAGCGCUGUCUGAUGGAAAGGAUGUAUUUUAAUCUAAAACAACGAAGCACAGAUUGUUACAUACAGAGAGUAGCCGUCAUUUUUAAACCCAGUGUGUACACUCCUCAGUCAUGGCGGAUACCGAUGGCACAACUGCACUACUAAGUUGUUGCUGCAAUAUUCUGUUGGUGACUGUUGGUUUUUCCCAUUUGCUGUGACCAAACUGUAAAUGUUUUUCCUUUGUUGUAGUGUUUAUUAUACAGUUAUAUGCAUACAGUUGUAAAACACUUGAACAGUUACUGAUCUUUGUCUGAUGUGUGCUGCCUUUAAAGCAGUUAUUUAGUUACCUAUAAACAGAUCGUUUAGAUGAUUAUAUUACUUUGUGGCAGAGAGAUAUAUUCAAGGAAAUGAUGCGCUACCAUUUAGCUUCAGAGUGGUACACUGAGCCCUUAUUUGGAUUAAGUAGUUUAACUAAAGCAUUUUAAAACUUAAAAUCCCAGAUAAUCACCACUUUGGAAUGUUAUUUGUGCUUUUUUUCUUUGUUGAUGAUCUGCUAAAUGAUAAUCACAAAUAAAUAUAUUUGAUUUUUGGACAAAACAAGCAAUUUUAAGAUGGAAAUUUGGGUUUUUCAGUUUAAAAACAAAAUGAUUAUUCAAAGAUGUAGCAAUAUGUGCCUGCUAUUGCAGAAAUGCAAUAUUUUUCAAGUAAACUGAGGAGGAAAACAGGUUUGAUGUUAGUAAAGAAAGUACUUUUGUAGCGCUGACUAGUUUUCUACUGUUUCAAGUUGACACUGUGCUGUUUUCAGGCUCUGAAAGAGUUUAUUCUCCAUGAUGACAGUGUUUGGCAGCUGUUUUUGCAGCACAUGAGAGGUUUCUAAGGGGAGCACUGGUGUGGCACCCUAUGAGGAGACAUCUCCAUCCAGGAGAAGCUAGAAAGUCGACACACAAGGAUCUUGGCGUUGCUUUCCUUUCAGAGCCACGCUUAGAACUGAGCGCUGAAGUGCCUUUCUUUUUGCCUCUUUAUAUUAAAGCUCUUUUAUGCAGAAUUUCUAUAACUUUUAACUUAAUCUGAAAAAAAAAUGCAGUGCUAUGAGUGAAAGACUGCUUUUGAUUCUUUCAUGUACAUGUAAUAUUCCACUGAUUAACAUGGGCAUGGACAAAGCAGACAAAACAGAAUAUAAAGCAUUUUUAAAAAUCAGCUUUCUUUGUGGAUACAAACAGCCAAACACUGUAAGCAUACCUGCUGUUUGUUGGCAGGAAAACUCUACAGGGCACAUUUGUUUCUUCUUUGUUGAAAAGGAAGAACUUAGGAGAAAAUUAUGUAGUUUUGGGCUUCCAGCAGGCUGUGCAAGCAGAAAGAAAGACUCCCCAGUUUUCUGUUUGCUAUGAUUGUAUAAUGCAGACCAUCUUGUGAGGGCAGCCACAUUAAGUGCUCUUAUGUAGGCAAUCAGUGGGACUCAUUUAGUGCUUUUUCACGGUGAUUGUUGCUCUUUCUAACAGGGAAGGUCAGCUGCUCGAGACAGACUCUUGAAUCAUCUGUUAAGAGUUGUGUAACUGUUUUUGUAAGCCUUUGCUUGCUUCCUCCUCUUUGUAAUCUGUGUUGAACUCCAGAUGAAUCAGGUGGUUGAAAUAUACACAAACAACAGUUGCAUAGCCUGUUUUGAAUAAUAUAGGUUCUUGAACAUAUCCUUCUACUACACAUCUUUAACUGUAAAUGUUACUCAGUUGUACUCCCUGGGAUGCUGUUAGGUUUAGAUUGGGUUACCUGGGUGUAAAUCAGGUACUAGUAGAGCAGCUGCGAGUUCCAAAGUUAGAAAUCUUUGCCUUUAAUCUGUAGUUUUUUGUAAAUAUCACAGAUCAGCCUCUUUCUUGGCCAUCAGAAGCGGCUGGUUUUCAUUCUUUUCUCCACUGGGAUGCACAGUGACCAAAAUAGAUAGAUGGAAAACCAGCAAGGUCCUGAGACCCAUAAUUAAAAAAACUGAAUUAAAGCCAUUUCCUGUAGGAAUGCUCUGUAUAUUAUAGGUGUGUUUUAUAGAAUUAGUUGCUAGUGUUUUGCACUCACUAAUGAGUACGGCAGACGCAGUGCUGUAUGCUCAGAUAUGCACUGUGACUGUUUAACACACUCUGGGUCAAUGUAAACAUGUUGGCUGACAUUUAAUACUGAAGCCUGAAGUCGGAAACAUAUUGACUGUAGACCCGUUUCCCUCAAGUCCCUGAGGAGUUAUUUUUACUAAUAUUUUCUUUUAGGUUUAAAGAGUUGAAUAAUUCCAAAUAUGGCUGCAGACGUGGGUCAGAAUGCCACUUAUUUAAAGAGGGAGACUCUUUAGAAUGAAGGCAACAGAAUUAACACACUGACUGAAACAAAGAAGAUUGGUAAAAAAAAAAUAUAUAUAUAUAAAGCUAAUGUAUAUACAUGUAGAACACUGACUAAAACUGCUUUUAGGCACGUAACCUAAUGUAAUACACCUUUGUAGCAGUGUUUCCUAAUACACUGACCCUGUGAUGCAUCUGAAUCAAGUUACUCUUUACGAAGUCAUGAACAAGGAAGAGUCACAUUUCUGGGCUUUUACUGUAACCCAUGUUCCCAUCUUUUUAGCCAACACUAUUUAGGUUCACUUGUAAUUAAAAUGGAAUGGCUGUAUUAUACCAAGAACUGCAGUGUCUGUGUUUUCUGUUAGGUCCAAAUAAAUGUGUAUGUUUUGAUCUAC